AUGGAUCAGCAAAACUAUUCAGUGGUAUCUGAGUUUGUACUGAGUGGACUCUCCAGUUCCUUACAACUCCAGUUUUUCUUCUUUGUAUUUUUUUCUCUGAUCUACAUAGCCACAGUGCUGGGCAACCUCCUCAUUGUGAUCACAGUAAUCUCUGAGCCCCGACUUUAUUCUUCCCCCAUGUACUUCCUGCUGGGCAAUCUUUCUUUUCUAGAUAUGUGGCUGGCCUCAUUUGCUACCCCCAAGUUAAUCAGAGAUUUCCUUAGUGAGAAGAAACUCAUUUCUUUUGAGGGAUGCAUGGCCCAGAUUUUCUUUCUUCAUUUCAUUGGUGGUGCUGAGAUGGUACUGUUGGUCUCCAUGGCCUAUGACAGAUAUGUAGCAAUAUGCAAACCUUUGCAUUAUAUGACCAUCAUGAAUUGGAGGACAUGCAUUGGAUUGGUAACCAUUUCAUGGGCUAUUGGUUUUAUUCACUCCAUCAGUCAAGUAGCCUUUACUGUAAAUUUGCCUUACUGUGGGCCAAAUAAUGUGGACAGUUUCUUUUGUGACCUCCCUCUUGUGAUCAAGCUUGCUUGCAUGGAUACCUAUAUCCUGGGGAUAUUGAUGAUUGCAGACAGUGGGUUGCUGUCUAUGAGCUGCUUCCUACUUCUUAUGAUCUCUUAUACAGUCAUUCUUGUUACAGUCCAACAACGUUCAGCAGAGAGUGCAUCCAAGGCUCUUUCUACUUGUUCUGCCCAUAUCAUGGUGGUGAUGCUCUUCUUUGGUCCCUGUAUCUUCAUUUAUUUGUGGCCUUUCAAUAGGUUCUCUGUGGAUAAAGUCUUAUCAGUAUUUUAUACCAUUUUUACCCCUCUUUUAAACCCUAUAAUCUAUACUUUAAGAAAUGAGGACAUGAAGACAGCAAUGAAAAAAUUAAGGACUCAGAAGAUAACUUUUCAUUGA